AUGUCGACGACAGGCAAAAUACCACCGAUCACCAUGAGCAAAUUGUAUGUGGGAAAUUUGCCGAACGAAACCAGUGAAAAUGGUCUUCGGCAACUGUUCCUGGAACAGACGUUGUCUUGCACGAACAUUUUAAUAAAACGUGGAGGAUAUGCUUUUGUUGAUUGCCCUGAUCAAUCUUCAGCGGAUAGGGCGAUUGAUAAGUUGAAUGGUUUUGGUUACAAUGGAACGACUUUGGUAGUUGAACCGUCAGUGGCUUCUGGAAAGAAAAAGUGA